AUGUUAUCUGAUCAGUUAUCUGAUCAUGUAUUCAUGUCUAUGGGGUUUGGGGUACAGGUGUGCAAAGAUCCGAGAUGGGGAAGAUGUUUCGAGAGCUACAGCGAAGACACUGACGGUGUAUGCAACAUUACAUCCUUUGUUUUCGGUCUACAAGGAACUCCACCGCAAGGACAUCCCGCUGGUUACCCUUUCGUAGCCGGAAGACAAAAUGUGGUUGCAUGUGCAAAGCACUUUGUUGGAGAUGGUGAUGACAGAUCGUUGUUGAAGUUUGUUGGCUGCAAGGAACACAGAGAGAUAGCACAUGAAGCGGUGAGGAAAUCUUUAGUUCUGUUAAAGAAUGGGAGAGAUUCACAGAAACCGUUUCUUCAGUUAGAUCGAAACGCCAAAAAGGUUUUGGUUGCCGGAACCCACGCAAACAAUCUUGGGUUUCAGUGCGGUGGUUGGACCAAGACGUGGCAGGGAACAACGCUCUUGGAAUCGUUGGAGAGGAAACGGAAGUGGUUUACGAGAAAUCCCCCUUCAGAGGAGACUUUGACAAGCAACGAUUUCUGUUACGCGAUCGUUGCCUUUGGAGCUCCCUAUGCGGAGUCUCGAGGGGAUGAUCCUGAGCCGUCGAUACAUUUCGAUGGAGCUGAGGUAGUGAGACUAGUGGCUGAGAAGGUCCCGACGGUGGUGAUACUGAUGACGGGGCGACUGGUGGUUUUGGACCCGACGGUGUUGGAGAAGGUGGAAGCUUUGGUGGCGGCUUGGUUGCCAGGAACUGAAGGAGAUGGAAUCACUGAUGUGGUGUUCGCAGACAUAGGGUUGGAGAUGUUCUAA